AUGCAAUGGAAUAAUGAGGGCCAACCAAUUGGAGAUAGUGGAGCAUUAUUGAAUAUGUUUUUAGGUAGUAUUUCAAGAAACUUCAAUGCUUUUCCUAUUAGCUAUUCUAGUUGGAGGAAGAUUCCUAAAGAUUAUAAAGAAGAUAUACUUAAAAACACUAUUCAGGUUAAGUUUGAUGUUCAUUCUGAUGUUCAUGUAAACCAUGUUCUCAAAUCACUUAACACAAAGUGGAGAGACUAUCGCCAAGAAUUGUGGCAACAAAGGAAUGAUGGUACACGUACUAGAGAAGAAUUGAUCGCAAUGGCUCCAAAAGGAAUAGAUAGAGAUCAAUCGGCUUCUUUUGACCAUGCCCUAAAAAAUAUAGAGAAUAGGGCAAAGCAAACCAUUGCUCAUACAGGUGGAUCUAAGAGCAUUGCAAGAAAAAAAAAUGAUGAAAUGGAAAAAGAGUGUGGCCAUAAGGUCAGUAGAGGAGAAGUAUGGAUAGCCACACACAAAUGUGUUAAUGAAACAUUUGUUAGUGAUGAAGCAAGGGAAAUCAAUGAAAAGAUUCAAGCGUAUGAAUCAAAAUUAUCAUCAUCCCAAUCAAAAGAUAUAUCAAUUAAUGAUUCCUUAGCUCAUGCUUUUGGAAGUCAAGAACAUUAUGGACGUGUUAGGGGUUUAGGUUUGGGACCUUGCCCAUCUAAAGUGUUUGGCUUCAAUGCUCAUUCGUGCAAUGGGACAUCUUCAAGCUUUCCUUCUUAUACACAAUUACAAAACCAGGUGUCUAAUCAAGGGAGUGUUCCUAAUGAAGAAACAAAUGAUUCAGAUCAAGAUCAAGAUCAAGAUUGA